AAGAGUUUCAUAACGCAACAAAAACUGGUAUUUAUUAUUAUUGCGCGUAAGUGCAAAGGAUGAGAAAAUGGAUUUUAUGUGACGUCUCUCCAUCACAGCGUCACAUCCAGCGCGCGAGCACACGCGUACAUUCAUUGCUGUACUGUACUGUAUGGGAUUAACUGUCGCAGUUCUGGAUAGUCUUACUGGGACAUUGUACACUGGUUUCACUGGGCGGAGCCGAUAAAGAGAAAUAAAGAUGUUAGGCAUGGCAGAUAAGAUGUCUGAUCCUGGAUCAGUAAGUAUUGCUAUGGAGGAUAACCUGUGUAAUGGAGGAACUCAGCCACAAGAAGCUCCAUUGCUAACUCAUCUGAAGAAGGUGGAGAACCACAUUAAAGAGGCACAGCGGUUCUCACACCUCCCCAAACGUAGUACUGUGGACCUGGAGUUUAGAGACCUCUCUUACUCCAUCAGGGAGGGACCAUGGUGGAAGAAACAAGGUUUUACGGCUUUGCUCAAAUGUCUAUCGGGGAAGUUCUGCAGUGGGGAGCUGAUUGGGAUUAUGGGACCAUCUGGGGCUGGCAAGUCCACGUUGAUGAACAUCCUGGCAGGGUACAGGGAAACGGGGAUGAUGGGAGAGAUCCUGGUAAAUGGAAAGCUCAGAGACCUCCGAACCUUUCGUAAGAUGUCCUGUUACAUUAUGCAAGAGGACAAAUUGCUACCUCAUCUUACUGUACAAGAAGCUAUGAUGGUGUCUGCCAACCUGAAGCUCAGUGAAAGCUCAGAGGUGAAGAAAGAGUUGAUAAAUGAAAUUCUUACAGCACUGGGAUUACAUGAGUGUGUCCAUACACGCACAAUCUCUCUCUCUGGAGGGCAGUGUAAAAGGUUGGCUAUCGCCCUUGAGCUAGUAAACAACCCGCCAGUCAUGUUCUUCGAUGAACCAACCAGUGGUUUGGAUAGUGCCUCCUGUUUCCAAGUAGUUACACUGAUGAAGGCUCUGGCACAAGGCGGACGGACCAUCAUUUGCACCAUCCACCAGCCCAGUGCCAAACUCUUUGAGAUGUUUGAUAAGCUGUACAUUUUGAGUCAGGGUCAGUGUAUAUACAAGGGAAGCGUCCCAUUCCUCAUCCCUUACUUGAGUGCACUGGGUCUUCACUGCCCUACAUACCACAACCCUGCAGAUUUCAUCAUAGAGCUAGCAUCGGGGGAGUACGGAGAUUUGAAUCCUGUGCUGUUUGAAGCUGUCCAGGGUGGCAUGUGUGCCUUGGAAGAAAAGAGCUACUGUACUGACAAAAACACCUUAAACCCAUGUGCUGCAAAAUGUGUCAAAGACACAGGACAUGUUGAGAGCCAUACAUUUGCAACAAGCUCUUUGACUCAGUUCUGCAUUCUCUUUAAACGAACAUUUAUUACAAUCUGCAGAGAUCAGGUUUUGACACAUCUGCGGCUAAUGUCACACAUUUUUAUUGGAGUACUGAUAGGCCUGUUGUACCUCAACAUUGGCAAUGAUGCCAGUAAAGUCUUCAACAACACUGGUUUCCUCUUCUUCUCAAUGCUCUUUAUCAUGUUUGGAGCAUUAAUGCCCACAGUUCUCACAUUUCCUUUAGAGAUGGCUGUAUUUCUCAGAGAGCACUUAAACUACUGGUACAGUCUGAAGGCUUAUUAUCUGGCUAAGACAAUGGCUGACAUACCAUUUCAGGUCAUUUGUCCGCUUAUAUACUGCAGUAUUGUGUACUGGAUGACGGAGCAGCCCCCAGAAGCAAGCCGCUAUUUGCUCUUUUUGGCCUUGUCGAUAUGCACAGCUUUCGUAGCUCAGUCUCUUGGGCUUUUAGUUGGUGCUGCAUCCACCUCCCUUCAGGUGGCCACGUUUGUUGGUCCAGUAACCGCCAUUCCAGUUCUGCUCUUCUCAGGCUACUUUGUGAACUUUGACACCAUUCCUGACUACUUACAGUGGAGUUCUUAUGUGUCCUAUGUUCGGUAUGGGUUUGAGGGUGUCAUUUUGUCCAUUUAUGGGAUGAACCGAACCGAGCUUGAAUGUCCAGGGAAGGUUUGCAAGUUUCAGAGACCUGAAGAGGUUCUGCAGUUGUUGGAUGUAGAAGACGCCAAGCUGUACAUGGACUUCAUUGUACUGGGAAUUUUCUUCGUUAUCCUGCGACUCGCCACCUAUAUAGUUCUUCGAUACAAAAUAAAGUCUGAGAGAUAAUAUUUAUCGACCUUGCACAGUCUCCAGCUCCUGUGGCUAAUUUUCAGCCUUCAAUGUCUCUUCUCAGGACGUUUCCACUCCAGUUUUGUUGACCUUUGUGGUGUGCUCAGUUUUCUCAUUUGGACUCAUCUGUCCCUGGCUGAAUCUGAUACUGUAAAAUGUAUACAGAAUUUAAAAAAGACACUUCUUAGAGAGUAAAAAAUAUGUUUUCCAGUGUUACAUCGAUGAACUUACAGAUCUUGACAUUUUAGUGUCAGACAGCCAGGAUUGCUAUGGUAAAUUUAAAUGUUGCAUUUAAAUAUGGAAAUCAUUCUCUCAGUUCAAGGCUUUCUUAUUUUCAACUCAAGCUCACACUAAUGGCAUUUUUUUUGCAUUAAAAGUUUUACAUUUGAAGUUUUAAAGUUAAAGGUGCAGCGUGUAAUUUUUAGAAGGAUCUCUUGACAGAAAUGCAAAAUAAUAUACAAAACUAUAUUAUCAAGGGUGUAUAAAGACCUUUCAUAAGGAUCCAUUAUGUGUUUAUUACAUUAGAAUGAGACGUUUUUAUCUACAUACACAGAGGGUCCCCUUACAUGGAAGUCGCCAUUUUGUUCCAGCAUGUUUUUACAGAAGCCCUUAACGGACAAACUUUUUUACUAAGUUGUCUUUAAUGGUGACUUGUUUGUCCGGUGGUGGCUACAGUAGCUUCUCUAUGUGUUUCAAAAGUGAGGGGUGAGCAGUGGACUGAGCCGUUGGUUGCAAUUCACAACCUCACCACUAGAUGCCACUAAAAUGUACACACUGCACCUUUAACGUUUUAGAAAGGACAUAAUAGCUGAGGUGAGCUCCACCUCAAAGGAUGUUUACAAAUCUGCUGAUAACUCCUAAUCCACAGUGCCUGUGUGAUGAACCCAAACACUAUUGUAUCAAUAAUUUUUGUAGAUGUUUUAUCCCUUUGUUAUAGAAUUCUUGUUAUAAACCUUCUUUUAAAGCAACACUAUGUAGUUUUUUUACCUUAAUAUAACGUCUCUAAAAUUAUUUCAGUGAUAGAACAACUUUUAACUGGACAAAUUGUACUGUUGCUGCAACCUGAGCAGCCUCCUAGCUGCUACAAGCACACUCUGAAAGUGGCAGUGGAGGGUAGGAAACACAGCCCCGCCCCUCCCCCUGCCUG